AUGGGCAUGGAUGAUCAUCAGCGUAAUUUUUUGCGUAUUUUACGCGAUCUUUUUUCCCCUUCACUUCCCCCUUCCCCUUUGGUUGAUGAUGAUGAUGAUGAUGAUGAGGCGUCGGGCUUUGGAUCAGUAAGAAAAACGGUGAAAGCUGCGCGCCGCUGUUCAACGUGUUUCGACCUGGGCCCUUGGUCAUCAACCGAAGCGGACUCGUCCAUCAGCCCAACUCCAACCACGUUCUUCUACACCCUCGAUGCUGUUUUGUUUACAUUCCUCAUGGUUAUCCCGUACCAGACAGAACAUCUACAGAAAACUGGUUACGAAUAA